UCUCUGCCACUGUGGUUUUAUGCAUCUACAGUGUUUGUAGGUGUUUUACUGAGUUAUUUCUUGCAGUUACUUAUCGCAGUUAAUUGUUUUGGGGGUGCAUGGCCACUUUGUUUUAGUUACAUACUGGAUGUUAUUUCUGCACCGAGUUUUAUAAAGCGCAGCAUUGAGUUGGAUUGUGUGUCUUUGUCAUCGUGCCACAUGGCCAUGUAGGAUGAGUUCGGCAUAAUUCGGAAGAAUAUGUUUAAAAAUCUCGUUUUCAUCUUUCUGUUUAUCUUACAUGGUAUGUUUGGUGUUGAUGGAGUUGAAGUGAAGUCAGUGUCAGUGAUGGAGGGAGAUUCUGUUACUCUACAAACUAAUAUUACUGAAAUACUGAGAAAUGAUCAGAUACUGUGGAUGUUUGGACCUAAAGAGACUCGUAUUGCUGAAAUCUAUAAGGAAAUAAUAGAUAUGCAUGAGAGUAAUAAAACAUUUGGAGAUAGACUGAAACUGGACAGUCAGACUGGAUCUCUCACCAUCACAAACAUCACAAUCACAAACUCUGGACUUUAUAAACGGACCAUCAUUAGCAACAGAGGGAAUUCAGAGAAGAGAUUUAAUGUUACUGUCUAUGCUCCUCUGCCCAUUCCUGUCAUCACUCGUAACUCUUCAAACUGUUUAUCAUCAUCAGAAAGAUCUUCAAGCUCAAAAUGUGUGUUGUUGUGUUCAGUGUUGAAUAUGAGAGAUGUGAGUCUGUCCUGGUACAAAGGAAACAGUUUAUUGUCCAGCAUCAGUGUGUCUGAUCUCAACAUCAGACUCUCUCUACCUCUGGAGGUUGAAUAUCAGGAUACAAACACAUACAGUUGUGUGGUAAACAAUACCAUCACAAACCAAACUCAACAUCUCAACAUCACUUUUUGUCAGCUAUGUUCAGAACAGAGGCAACAUAUACAUCUCAUAGCACUGAUAGCUAUUCUGCUGGUGCUGUUGCUACUCAUAUCUGGAGCUUCUGGACUAGUGUACUGGAAGAACAAGAAAUGUAAAACAACAAGACAACAAGGAACCUGCUGGACCAGUUGA